GAGAAGCAGGGUAGCUGAUGGCUAAACAAACACUGUUGUAUGUUGUGAUGCUAAAUGUUCGUGUAACUUUACUGUGGCGGGUCUUUUUUAAUGACUCUGUCACCAGAGUAACCGUGUGACGUCACUUUUUCUACGUUUGUUUGACGUUACUUAAAGUGACGUUGAAGGUUGACGUAAACAGUGAAGGCUAGCUGUCACCUGUCAGGUUUGACAUUUCUUGGUUUUAUUUUAUUUGACGAUUACGGUGACGUGUUGACAACAGGACUUGUUUCCUGUUUCCUUUUUCACCUCUCAGCUGCUUUCUUUGUCACUUUGCUUCUCUGUGGUGUUUGGAUGAUCUGAGCACUGGAGCUAGCUUAAGAUCAUAAUACUGCCCUUUGAUUUCGAGCUGGAUUGAACGUAUUUAGCAUCCGAUGUGAUCCUUCCUCAUGAAGCUGUCUGACUGACUGGUCCUGCUACCGGCUCGUUGAAACACAGCUUGUGUGUGUGUCAGCAGAGCAGGAUGUCAGACAGUGGGAAUCAGUCCUGUCUGAUGGGAGCAGAGGACACCCUGUCCUUCUUGGUCUGUGUGUUUCGCGCGUUGGAGGACUGGGCCGGCCUGGGUCAGGUGGAGGACUAUCUGAGUGUUUUGGAGUACCUACUGUGGGUCUUCACGCCUUUGGCCAUCGUCUUCAUCCUGCCCUUCCUCAUCGUCAUCCUGCUUUACCUCUCCAUACUCUUCCUCCAUGUCUAUAAGAGGAAGAAUCAACUGAGGGAAGCUUACUGCAACAACCUGUGGGACGGGGCCAGGAAGACCCUGGCUACUCUGUGGGACGGACAUGGAGCCAUCUGGCAUGGCUAUGAGAUUCAUGGGAUGGAGAAGAUCCCAGACAAAGGACCAGCACUGAUCGUGUACUAUCAUGGAGCCAUUCCAAUAGACUACUACUACUUCCUGGCUAGUGUCAUCAUCCAGAAGGGCCGGACCUGCCACUCUGUAGCGGACCACUUCCUCUUCAAGAUCCCAGGUUUUAAGUUGCUGUGCGAGGUGUUCAGUGUGAUUCACGGUCCUCAGGAGGAAUGUGUGCGAGCGCUGAAGAACGGUCACCUGUUGGGGAUUUCUCCCGGUGGCGUGCGGGAGGCUCUGUUCAGCGAUGAGACCUACCCUCUUCUCUGGGGCAAACGCAGAGGCUUCGCGCAGGUCGCCAUCGACUCUCAAGUGCCAGUUAUUCCGAUGUUCACUCAGAAUCUGCGGGAAGGCUUCAGAUCUCUGGGAAAUUUAAGAUUUUAUCGCUGGGUGUAUGAGAGGUUUCGUUUCCCUGCAGCGCCGGUUUAUGGAGGAUUUCCUGUGAAGUUUCGAACCUUCCUCGGUGAUCCGAUCCCCUACGACCCCAAUGUAAAUGCUGCAGAGCUAGCAGAGAAAGUGCAGCAGGCGGUCCAGUCUCUGAUAGACCAGCACCAGCAGAUCCCAGGGAACAUCCUGAGAGCCUUACUGGAGAGAUUUCACUCCAAAGUCAAAGACCAUUAACAUCAGCAGCACAAACUGUCCAGAGUGACCAAAACAACGUUCAGGUCAGACGGCCUCAGCGGGCACAGCUUCUGUCGCCUGACAUGUUUGAAUAUUUGCACAACCCCCUCCCCCCCCAGAGUGCAGACGCUGAGGGUCUCCUGCAUGCACAUUUGUUGUACUGCCUGUUGCUGAAAUGUAUUUUUGAACCAUUUGUUUUGAAUCUGCUCAUUCCCAGAACUGAUCUGUGUAAGAGUUCCUGGAGGUGUGUUAUUGGACGAGACAAUAAUCACACUUAAAAAAAAAAUAACACAUGAACAAUAUCUUAUUCCAGUUGUUCCUAAAUCUUUGUCACCAUUAAUUACAGCGUGUUGAUUUGCAGAUGGACCUCAGUUAGACUUCUGGUUAAAUGACACUGGUGUGUCAUGGAUGUUUGAGGAUCAUUUAAUACUCUGAUGAUGUAUCAGGAGGCGUGACAGAGAGAGAGUGAGAUAAGAUGUCUGCUGAUCUCUAAACCUCUCUAAACAUUUAACAAACUCCAGUAUGGCAGAUGAAUCAAAGUGUUUCAAUAACAAGCUGAUCAAACUAAACAGUAUCCAGUUAUGUGUCCUGUGUUUCCCAGAUUAAAGAACAAAACAUCAUCUACAAUUCCUACAUGUAGCUGCUUUAAAGCUUCCUCAACUGUAAAUAAGUGUUUUAUCAUCUUUAAAGACAGACCCAGAGUCAUGUUAGAACCUGAAACCUGUAGGCAUGUCACUAAAGGGAACACGAUUCAGACUCAGAGUCAUACCCCAUCCAUUUAAAUGUAAUAAGUACAUAAAGACACACACACACACACACACACACAGAGGCUGGACUUUAACAGUUUGUAUUCAGACAGUCACAAACAUGCAGGUUGUCCUCGUCAUGUUGAAAGGAUCUGUUUGUUUUAUGAAGUGUAACACAGAGUAGUAAAGCCGUGAUCCAUGAUUCAGCCCCACAUGUGCAACACUUUAAAACCUUUGUGGUGUUAAACACAGUUCUACCAGCACUGUGGCUAACAAAGUCAUCCUUUUCUAAAUGUCAGAGUGGAGAGUGACAGGAUGGAGAGGGCUUUGUGUGUUACCUUUAAGUGCAAUGAUGAGGGGACAUAUUGUUCAUGUUCCCUCCUGUGUGUCAGAUGUUCAGUGUUGAGAUCCUCUCUACAUGAUGUGGUUCUUCAUCACAGCGUCAGCUUGCACUUUAUAAAGUAAACAGCUCGUGGUUGUUUCUGAUAGCUCAGUGCCACCUUUACUCUCAUUUAACAAACAAAGAGGUUUCUCGCUGCUUGGUCCAGAACCUCAGAACGUCAGGGCCAGGACCAUAAGGACAGCUCCCAGAAGGAUUAAUUCUUUCAGAUGGGUCACUGACUCCGGUGCUGAAAAAGAUGCAGCUGUUUAUAUCACAGAGUUUUUUAAAUCACAAAAAAAGGGAGUUUGUUUUUAUCUGGCUGCUUUUUUCACUGACAGAAAAACAAGCUGUGGAACAUAAAUGUAGAAAACUGAAGAUGCAAUACGAUGAGAUACACAGAGAAAAAGCUUUUUAACCUGUUGAGCCCUUCUUUAUAAAACUCUAAAUCUUAUUGUGAUGUGAGUAAUAAUGUGAUCAUGAUUUCAAAGAUAUCUGUUGAUAAUUGUAAACAACUUGAUGUUUAUAUAAAUGAUUCCUUCAUAAUAAGAAGGGGGCUCAAAGCUGCUAACGUUUGACUGUUCCUUCAACUGUCACCAUGGUUACCUGAGGGAUUCUUUUUUCAGGGGUAAAUGAAAAUGAAAUCAGAAUAAUCGUCAUUUUCUCUUCUGUAAUAUUUAAAAUUCAAAUGUUUGAUUUCAUUUUAAAUUGAUGAUCUGAUAGUAACGAUGAUGACUAGCUUUACAAACAUCACUGGACUUUGUUCCACUGCUUAAAGAGAGUUUGUUAAAAGCAGACAGGCAUGUAAUGAGAAGGAGGUGAAUUGAUUCCUGCCGUUGGGUCAGAGUCCUGACUUGACUUGACAAAUGAAACGAGAGGUCAGUGUAGAGUCGGUACUUUACUGAUGGCUGUAUACGUUCUCCAUCGCUGCAGCAGCCUACACACCAAGCUGUGCUGACAAGAGUUCAUUUACUGACAUGUCUGCGAUGUGUCUGCGUUAAGAAAGGUGAAGAAGAAUUGAUUUCAAGUCAAACCUAUUUAAUGUUACACUUGAAAAAAUGCCGAUUCAGAAGAACAGAUAUUCAUUCCUGUAGUUAUUUAUUCAUGACAUUUUACAGUGAAGUCGAUGAAAGUGAUGUCAUUCAUCAUGCUGGAUUCUGAUUGGUACAAAGUCCCGUGUCUGCAGUGUUGCCUCAAACCUUCACAUGGCCAUUACUUUACCUUAUGGAGACGUUAUUAAAGGUGUUCCUCAGAUGCACUUAAAGAAUGAAUGAUGAGUUGUCUCCUGAUCCUCGUGAGUUACACUUAUUACCAGCCUUUUAUUUUGAAAAACCAACAUUAACCAGAUGACAGACGUCUGUCCACCUGAUCAAGUUACUGUAAUCAUCAGUGCUGUGAACUUCUCCUGGCUCAUGUUUGUAGUUUUGAAUUAAAGGUGACUAGUCUUUGUGUUGAUCUGUAUGAGGAUGUAAAUAUUGUGAUUGAAGUAUCACCACUGCCAACUCUGAUUUGUUUCCUGUUUAAAGACACCGUGGUGAGUGUUCUUCAGGUGUGUCGUACCGGGUGCUUUACUUUGUCUACUGGUUGCCUUUUUCAUGUUUCUGUUGUUGCUUCUGAGAUGAUCUUUAACAAACCUUUUACACUGUGUCAAUAUAACAUACAUGUUGCACUAUAAAAUAUUUACAUCCCCGUUUUCCUGUUAAUAAAUCUAUUUUGAUAAAAAG